CCAUGUUCCGCCUCACCCGCCCUCUCUUCCAACAAGUCUCCAAGCUCUCGACGGGCAUCACAGGCCUCGCCGUCCACCGCAAUCCCCUCCCUGAACUGACUCGGACUUACGAAUCGACGUUGACCGCCCUAUCAUCCCUCCCUGAGACUUCGGUCUACCGUCAGGGCACCGAAGCUCUUACGCUCCGGAAACUCAGCAUCGUGCAGGCGGCGAACGGGGAUAUUGCUCAGGUCGAGAAGGAGCUGGAUGAGGGGCAAAUAGAGGAAGCGUUGCUGAUCGCGCAUGACGAGCAUGCCCUCGUUGGCAAGAUGGCAGAGUGGAAGGCGUGGGAGCCACUGGAGGAAAAACCAGAGCCUGGGCAAUGGGAAUAUUUUGGCAAGACCUCGACAGCCUCAUGA